AUGGAUGAAAAGGACUCGACGCCCGAGGGCACGCAGUUUGCCCCGAUUACACGCGACGCGGACGAGACGCACACCUCGCACAGCAACUCGACAUCCUCGUCCCGAACACGCACGCACACGCACACUCACACGCACGCGCAACGCCCCAGCACCCGCGACAGCUCGCACAAGGAGCGCUUCGACCCGGAGCUCGACAUCGACCUGCCGUACCGGACGCUGACGAGCGACGCCCGCCUCGACGAGUACAAGAGGGAGGUCCCCGGCGGGGAGAUUCCGACACUGGCGCCUCCCUCGCGAGUGACGACGCGCAACAGCAUCAGCCGACACCACGCCAACAACUCCAACAACAAUAACAAUGCGGCCGGCAACAACGGCGCCGGCGCCGGUGCACAGCCCGAGCGGCUGCAAGAGUACCGCCUCGUGGCGUUUGAGCCCAACGACCCGGAGAACCCCAAGAACUGGUCCAAGGCGUUCAAGUGGUACAUCACCAUGGUGGUGGCGGCGACGUGCUUCGUCGUCGCGCUGGCCUCGUCCGUCGUCACGGCCGACAUCCCCGGCGUGAGCCGCGAGUUUGGAGUCAGCGAGGAGGUCAGCCUGCUGAGCAUCUCACUCUUCGUCGUGGGCUUUGGCGUCGGGCCCAUGGCUUUUGCGCCGCUGUCGGAGAUUCUCGGCCGGCGCAUCAUCUAUGGCUCGACGCUGCUCAUUGCCGUCAUCUUCAUCGUCCCCUGCGCCGUGGCCAAGAACAUCGGCACCCUGCUCGUGUGCCGCGCCAUCGACGGCAUCGCCUUCUCCGCGCCCAUGACCCUCGUGGGCGGCACCCUGGCCGACCUGUGGCGCAAUGAGGAGCGCGGCGUGCCCAUGGCCGCCUUCUCCGCCGCGCCCUUCCUCGGACCUGCAAUCGGACCCCUCGUCGGCGGCUUCCUCUCCGACGCCUCGGGCUGGCGCUGGCUCUACUGGCUGCAGCUCAUCCUCGCGGGAAUCGUCUGGAUCCUCAUCACCUUCACCGUGCCGGAGACGUACGCGCCCACCAUCCUCGCGCGGCGCGCGCGCAAGCUGCGCAAGUCGACGGGCGACGCGACGCACGUCACGGAGCAGGACCUCGACCUGCGGCCCUUCUCGGAGCGGCUCGCCAUCUUCCUCAUCCGGCCCUUCCAGCUGCUCUUCGGCGAGCUCAUCGUCUUCCUCAUCAGCCUGUACAUGAGCGUCCUCUACGGCCUGCUGUACAUGUUCUUCGUCGCCUUCCCCAUCAUCUACCAGGGCGGCAAGGGCUGGUCCUCGGGAAAGACGGGCCUCAUGUUUAUUCCCGUCGCUGUGGGCGUCAUCUGCUCCGCCGUGUGCUCCCCGCUCGUCAACAAGCACUACAUCAAGAUGGUGCACAAGCACAACGGCAAGCCGCCCGCCGAGGUGCGCCUCAUCCCCAUGAUGCUCUCGUGCUGGUUCAUCCCCAUCGGGCUCUUCAUCUUCGCCUGGACGUCGUACCCGGAGCUGUCCUGGGCGGGCCCCGCCAUGGGCGGCUUCCCCGUCGGCUUCGGCUUCAUCUUCCUCUACAACUCGGCCAACAACUACCUCGUCGACUCGUACCAGCACCAGGCCGCGUCGGCGCUCGCGGCAAAGACCUUCCUCCGCUCCUUCUGGGGCGCCGGCGUCGUGCUCUUCACCGAGCAGAUGUACGACCGCAUGGGCGACCAGUGGGCGUCGACCUUCCUCGCCUUCCUUAGUCUGCUUUGCUGCGCCAUUCCCUUCCUCUUCUGGCAGUUUGGCGCCCGCAUUCGUGCCCGCAGCAAGUACGCGUACGGCGGCGAUGACGAGGAGCCCGCCUCAGGGACUUCGUCGGGGUCUGACGACCUUGAGAUGGCCAGGAAGAGGAGCCGUCGGCCGAGCCACGGCGUCAUCAGGGACGACGUGGAGCACGACGACGACUUGCGGCGUGCCAUGAGCUACGUCAGCAACCCUUGA